AGGGGAGGCCGGAGCUGGCCGUCGAGGGGUCUCGGAAGAUCAGGGGCACAAGCGGGUCCGGCGGGGUUGGACUAUGCCCGGGACCCUUUGGUGCGGAGCUGGCGACUCGGCAGGGAAUUUCACCGAACUGGGCGUCUUCCAAGGCCCAGAUGUGUGUUGCCGGGAGCACGACAUGUGCGAAGCUCAGAUCUCUGCACUGGACUACAAGUUUGGGAUGCGCAACUUCCGCCUGCACACAGUAUCUCACUGUGAGUGUGAUGAGCGGUUCAAGCAGUGCCUGUUGGAUCAAAACGACACCAUCUCCAACCUCGUGGGCAUCAGCUUCUUCAACCUGCUGGAGAUUCCCUGCUUUGUCCUGGAGAACACUGAGCAAUGCCUGGAAUGGCAUUGGUGGGGUGGGUGCAAGGAGUAUGGCCUGAAGCCAUUGGCUCGCUUGGUGGAGCAAAGCCACUACCAUGCCGCCUUGCCAUACGUCGAGAGCUCCAGCCCCACCACGCCUCCACCCCCACCCAGAAGGCAUUGGGGCAGGGGCAGGAAGCACGGUUGGAAGAAGAACCAGAAGCACCGGAAACAUCCGGAACAGGAUGCCUCGGAGAGCUUGCGGCUGCACCCGGAACGCCCAGGCGCCUCGGAUUCUGUGACUCAGCCAAUCUUGACCUCCAAGCUGGAUGGGAUCGCACACUUCCCAGUACGCACCAGUCCGGAAGCGGUCUCCGUGAACGAGGAGAGAGUGCCUUUGCCACCUACCCUCAGGACUAUGUCAAAACAAGACUUGUCAGGAGGCGUUCAUACGACGGCACGUUCAGGUGUGCAGAAAACCCAUGUGAUCGCCGAAAGGCUACCCAACAAGGCAGGGCAGGAAGGGGUGUCGCCGUCUGGCGCCAGCAAACACAACCGCACUCGUAAACCAGGUAAACUAGCCUGGUCGCGGAGCUGCAGCUGCUACAGACGCCUGGACCAGUGCCCAUAUAGGAUCGGGCCCAAUGAGGUCAAAUACCAGCUGCACAAUGUGGACUCCCGCACCCUCUUCCACUGCAACUGCACCCGCAGGCUGGCCCGGUCCCUCCGGAGGACGAAGGGUCCCAACGAGGUGGAAGAGGAGGUUCUGUCUGGCUACGUCUCCUCCUCGUGUUUCGUCUUGCAGAGACCUCCAGGUUGCAUGGAAGGAGAGGGCGAGCAAUCCAAUUGCAUUGAUGUGGGCAGAGCAGUCCUGGCCCCGGCACGGCACCUCACCAAUCGGCUGGCACGGACGCACAGGGGCUCCCGCCUCAAGGUGAAGCGGCAGGAGUGGGCACCCCCCAGCCAGCCUCUCCGACUGUUCGAUAAAUGCAUGCAGCUGCUGUGAAGGCGCCCACCAGACCUGGCCCCACUGAGCCGCAGGCAGUCUUUUCCUUUGGACACUGAUGGGGUGGGGGGUGAAAGACCCCGGAGUGGGUUGCAGCUGAGCUCGGCCCCCAUGAAGUGGACUGCCCUGGCUUGACCAUGGGGCUGCCUCUACUUCUGCUGAUGUAACCAAGGAUACGAUGCCGCACAGCUGUGCUGAGCACAGCAGGGGAAGGGACUUCCCUCCAGAGGCUGAGAAACCAGUGCUUACCAGUGCUCGCCACCAGCGCAACUUUGUGCAGAAGAGGCCAAGAAAUGGCCCUGUGGGGGUGGCGUAAAAGGGCUCCCUUUGCAGGGGGUGUCUUGACAUGAGAACAGACUCUGCUCAUCUUCAGCAAACAAAUCGGUUCCAACUCCUUUGAGGACCCACCGGGCGUGGGGGAAACAUUGGAUUACGUGGCAUGGAACGGAAGUGGGAGGGGGGAGGACCCCUGCUUCCCCCCCACCAAGGAGAAAUGAGCCCCUCCUGCUUCCUUUAACAGUGUAUUUAUUUAGAAAGCUCUUGCCGUGUGUCUUGUAGGAUGUUGUUGACUCACAGCUGGACGUACCCCAAACUCUGCACCCUUGUUUAUAAUUUAUUGGGAAGGGGUGGUUCUUGCUGGAGCUACUGUAAAUAAUGUACUA